UCAGUACCGACAAGUUUGCUUAAGAUAUUCGACUGAGGUGAUUUUGUUUGUUUUUAGCACUAACGCCUCCUCGUAGAAAUAUAAAUUUGAGGAAGUUUCUACUUUCGGUUUAUCCACAUCGCAGAAUGAGCGAAAAGAAUCCAAAAGAUGCUGAUGGGAGUACCGGUAAGACUACUCAGGAAGGUGAUGAAUCCAGCGCAGAAGUCACCUGCCAGCCAGAUACUUCACAGUCCAUAGAAAAAGAUAUAAAUCUAGAAGAUGGACGACAAAAUGAUGAACAGCUAGCUAGGGACACUGAUGAUCUAGCACAGAAACAGAACUCUAAGGAACCGCCAAAUGAAACAAAGGAACCUGGUCCACGGGAAACAGCACAGGGUCCAGAUGUGCUCCCAACUCAAAAUCAGAACAGUGAUCCAUCAUUGAAUCAGGAAUCAAAGGAAACACAGGGUCCUUCUCCACCUGUGUCUGGAGAGCCACCAUCAGGGAACCAGGAAUCUGAAUCGACGGGGACACAAAAGCCAAGUCCAUCACAAACACAGAAUCCUGCAGAUAGAACACUACUACAGCAGAACGCUGUGCAGCAACUAACAGAACAGGGAAAUCCACAGGAGACACGUCAACCCGUAUCAGGUCAACAGGACUCUGAUCAACAGCCAGUCGAAACUGGCCAAAAACAUUCUGAUUUGCACCAUUCUGGGGAGAUGGAUUCCCAAGAAAAUAAUGAAAUAAAUAAGAAUGACCAUAAGGACUCAACACCUCCUACCAAACCAGACACGACAAACGUCAAAGCUUCAGCAGCAAAAUCCGAGGGAGAGACACUUCCUGCACCUGAUGGUAUUGAUGGAGAAGAUGAAAAUAAGGCGGCUGAUUUAGGUACACCAAAUCAACCAGCAGAGUUAACCAUGUCCGACGAAACACCAAUGGAAGAAAAAAUAACAUCACACUUAAAAGCAUUGAAAAAGCAAGAAAUCCCUGACACAACUAUGCCACCCUGUGAUCCGGAUCCUAGUAUAUUUAUUCAUGAUAAAGAUGAUGAGACGACCAGGGAAUUGGAAAAGGUUAUUGAAAAGGAUAAUGAAGAACGCGAUGAAAAUAGCGGAGAGAAUACAGACAAAACACUUGAUCCAUCAGUGUCGACAGAGAUGACAGGACAGGAAGGGGAGGAUCAGACUCUGCAAACCAAACCAGAUCAAGAGCAACGGGAAGAGGACGAACAUGAAGUGUUUCAGGAACAGGUUGAACCACACAUUAAUGUUGUGUUUAUUGAGACAUCGGAUGAGCCUGCUAUUGAGGAUCUGUUAAAGAAUUGUCAAAAGUACAAAGAUGAAUUGCGGAUGGGAGAAAUCCUUAAGGGUGCUGUUGAGGAAUAUAAAACUCUUCUAAAGAAGGCGAAAGAAACGGGGUGUAAGAAACAAAAGAGCAUUCCUCCACCUAGCGAGCUUAAUUCAGUGAAUGACAAAGAGAGGAACCAAGCACCGUUGCUUCAUACCGUUAUAGCUUUUGUUUCCAAAAAGGUUCCGAGCUACAACAGAUGGAGAGAAGCUGUGUCUGAAUUCAUCAUACUUACCACAUUAUCUCAAUCAGAACCACCAUCUUCACAGAAAAAAAGAUCGAAUUCCCAGUCUGGAUAUCAAAAUAAAAGCAAACCAUCGGCGAAGUCGUACAACAACAACAUUGAGAAGUUGUUAGAUCAGGACUGGGGACCAGACCGUGCCCCGGGGCCCAGUGUGUAUAACGACUACCGCCACCUGUUUACGUGUGAAAGUGUCCUAAGAUCAACAUUUCCAGAGGCUGAUAUCUUUAGUCUAGUCGAUUCUAAGAUUCGGGGACCAGAGGAUGUCCCACCGGAGUUACGACACAAGGCCCUUUUUCAUUUUCUGCUUUCCUUUAACCGGAAAAAAUAUGGAGUAGAACCUUCAGAUGCAUGGCGGGACUUUGGAAGACUUGUUUUAGCGGAAAAACAACUAGACCUAGCUAGAAAAGCCCAGGGACCGGAUUUACAUCAAAAUGUCAUAGUGAAAAGACUUGACUUCUACAAGAUGCAGAACGAAUUGAAGGAGAAAACGGAGGAAGUUGAAGAACUGUCUACAAGACUGAGCAAAUUUGCCAGUCAACAGCUGACGGAAGGAAACCCCAACAUCGCGGACCUGAGUGACACCCACCGCCCCACAAGACUGGGGGAGAUGUACAGUCAGCUGUUUGAUGACGAGUGGUCGGAGGCAUUCGAGGCCUUCAAACCCAAAACUGAAGAUGAGGACGACGACAUCUUCCCUGACACACUGUAUAUCCUCCAGGAUCUGUUGACGAAUAUCUUUGACUUUUGUAAAGACCAAUCAAAAGGCCAGAAGAUUUUCCUUGAAGAUAGCUUUGCUCUAGCUAUAGGAUUAACAGAACCACAGAAGGAAAACGCUGCAAAAGAGACCGAGAAUACAUUUGGUAGCAAAGACGCACCUAAAUUGGAAGAAAAAGAACAGACAGGGUCAGUUGGAGAUAAGGGUAGUUCUCCAGGGAGAAGUAUUGAAGAGGAGCAAGUAAAGGAACAAGACGGAGAGACAGGUGGAGAGGGCGAGUCACCUGUCAAAGAGGAAGAGAAUGUUGAAAAGGAAACUGAUAAAUCAACGCCAGAAACAAACAGAGACACCGACACCAAUAAUAUGGAAGAGACGCCGAGUCAUGUCACACAAACAGAGGUUGGCGGAGAAAGCGGUCAAACUUUAGAAACAGACCAAGGGAAUACAACACCACCCACAGACAAGACAGAAAGUGGAACGGAAAAAAAUGUCGAGGAUGAGAAACACGAUGAAAAUCCAGAGGGAUGUCCAAAGGCUGACGAAGGAAAUGAUGUAAACAUAAUUGAUGAGUCAGCAAAAUUAGAUGAAAACAAGGGAGAACAGAAUACUGGGGAUACUGGAGACAACAACGGAGAUCAGGAAAUAAAAAAUAGUGGGCAGGGAGACCAGAAUCAGCAGACUGAUAAAGAUACAGUUGGAGAGGAACCAUCUAAUGAAACACCCAUUGAGAAGAGCCAAGAAGUAUCAGAAGAAGGAAAGACAGAUAUUGAUAAAUCUGACAGCUCUCAGAAAGAUCCAGCACAAGGACCAGAAAAAGAAGAUAAACCGCCUGAGAGCAAGGACUACAGGAAGAGCGCUAUUUACCCAACAAUUGACAGACACGCCCGAGACUUCCGAAAGGCCGCUGCAUCCACAUCAGCUAAAACCAAAUCAAAGUUGUUCAUUGCGACUGAGCUCCCCGAUCUGAUAGCAGACGAGACUGUCCGAGCGGACGUCCGUGUGCUGACAUACGUCAGGAAGUGUGUAGAGCUGUGUUGGUACAUGUGUAUGCAGGACCCACCAAUGACAAUCAUCUCACCCAUACAAGGACAGCUGGUGGACAAGGCCUUAUUCUCCUUCCAUGGACGCCGCGGGAAGAUCGUGGAGGUGUGUGUGUGGCCGGCGCUUCUUCUCCAUGACAACGGACCCCUGGUGUGUAAGGGAUACGUUCUUCCAGAGGAGAGGAAUCGCAAUAGAUAGACCUCUGUUGUUUUGACUUUGAUUUAAAUGAUUUUUUUUAAUUUUGUCAGACAUAAUGCAAUUGUAAAAAAAAAUCUGAAUUGAUGAUAAUUUGACCAAUCGGAUUUUUGUUGGAAUCCAACGAUAUUUCUUUCUUGUUGUUAUACUAGUACAUGUAUAUAUCAUAUUUGUUUAUUAACUGUUCAUCUAAACAUAUACCUUUGGUUAACAACAAAUACUGACUUUAAAUAAUAUACAAUUUUCUUGCAAAUUGUAUCAAAUCAUUCAAACAAAACCAUGCAAUAGUUACAAGGAAAACCCUGUGAUUAAAAGGUACUUGCAUCAAAUACAAUUACGGUGGAAAAGUUACAGUAGUUGAUUGAGACGUGGUAAAUAUGGUAUUAAAACGAUUUAUUUUGAUGUUUAAUGUAUUAACAAUGCUUUUAGAAUUCUAUGGAAAGGGAAGUACAAUGAAUUAUAUACUUAUAUCAUUGAAUCUGUGCCAUAAUAAAUGAUUUGUCAAUGUU